AUGAGGACGUUUAUCGUUGUACUUUUUGUGACACUAUGUUUGGCAGAGGAUCAUUUAUUACCAAACACUUUUGAGGAGCUGUUUCCAAAUGCUCCAAAAUCCGAUGUUUUGAAACUAACCGAACAAAUAAACCAACAAAAAAACCCGAAAAAAGCAAAAAUAGUUCUGGAUAACUGGAUUCAACGUCAUUGGGAUACAAUUCCGGAAACAACCCACUCGGAACAAGAGGCAACAACUCAACAGUACGUCACGGAGAACCAAGGAGACACUGAUAGACCAAAAACAACGAGAAGUUACUACUAUGGCGGCUAUGAUGGUUACGGUAGUUAUUAUGGUAGUCCUAGCAAUUACUAUGGUGGAUAUAAUAGCUCCUAUAGCAGUUAUAACGGAUACGGUAGUUACGGUAGUUACUAUGGUAGUUCUGGUAACUCCAACAGCGGAUAUAAUAGCCCCUACGGCAGUUAUAAUGGGUAUGAUGGUUACGUAAACUACAACGGUAGCUUCUCCGGUACCAAAGAAAAACAAUAUUCGAACAACGUGGGAGGAAUAUUCCGAGAACUCAUUGGAGAGAAAGUUGUAACAGAAAGUUACGCCAUAAGGAUAGAAGAUCGACCGGAAGGGUUUAACGCUGAAGACUACGGAGAGAAAAUGCAACCCGACAAGUGGGAGGAAGAUUACUGGGUUAGAAUCAUCCCGAAUCCGAGCUUGAGAACUAAAAGAAGUUGCUCAUCGGACAAGCAUCUCGUCAGACAGAAAGCGUUAAACUUUAUUGAUCAUCGAGCUACUCUAAAAUCUUUGAUACGAUUUGCUGUGAAUAGAAGUUUGAAGGAGCGUGUGUUGGAGAAAUCUGAAGCACCGAAGAUGUACAAGCUGUUCUGGGACGCCGACAAAGAAAGCGGAAAUGAAUUUUCGCACACUGAACGAAACUUUUAUGGGAAAAUAACAAUGUACGAAUGGAGCAAUGAGCGAACUAUUGUGUCAGGCAUAUUCGAAGGAUUAUUCACAUACUUCCGUGAAAAUCGAAAGAAGGCCGAGCUACUUGACUGGAGUCUGGAUGGUUUUCAUGCAUGUUAA